AUGGGUGUCUUGUAUUACAAAUAUAAGAGUGCAAAGGAAACUUACCCUGUGACGUUGCCCUACUCGUUCAUAUCCGUGUCUGAUCUCAAGCAGCUCAUCUUGUCGAGUAACCGGCACGGCGUCGGCCGUAGCCGCGGCCGCGGGCCCUGCGAGGAUAUCGCGCUCUCCAACGCCCAGACCGGCGAAGAAUAUGCAGAUGAAGAGGCAAUGAUACCACAGAAUGUAACCGUGCUGGUCCGCCGAACUGCUGGGCAAGAGUCAGAGAGUAUCGUCGUGAUGUCCUCGCGGAAAGUCAUAGAAGAUGGUUCAUUAGCUUCAAACAGAUCAGUGGUUACUGAAUCAGUCUCAAAAUCGUGUUCCUCCGCAGAAGUGAAAGAUGAAGAUGCUGCAAUCGCAGCUGUGAUUGAUGCAGCUGAACUUAAAUGGGAAGAGCAGUCAUUUAGGAGAGGACAAGCUCCUGGAAGGUUUACAUCAGGACGCCAUAAUGGCCAUGGAUCAUCAGAAAGGGAGGCACCUCCACCAGGCUAUGUGUGCCGCAGCUGCGGAGUUGCAGGCCAUUUCAUUCAACAUUGCCCACAGGAAAACCAGACGCCUCCACCUGGCUACACCUGCUACAGAUGCCGGGUUCCAGGGCAUUUUAUUCAGCACUGCCCAACCAUUGGCGAUUCCAAAUUUGACAACUACAAAAUGGCUCGGCCAGUUGCCCCGGUCGUAUCUCCAAAUCCUGCUGAUGACAUUCUAUCCGCACUUGCCCCAGCUGCAUCUGUGAGUGUAGUCGAUGACUUGCCAGCAGAACUCCACUGCCAACUAUGUAAUAAGGUGAUGGCAGAUGCGGUGUUAACAAGCAAGUGCUGCUUCGUCAGUUUCUGUGAUAAAUGUAUUCGAGAUUACAUUGUUACACAAUCGAAGUGCAUUUGUGGAGUCAAGGUCCUUGCAGACUCCCUCAUCCCCAAUCCCACAGUUAGGAGCACAAUCAGCAACUUGUUAGGAACAAGGACUUGCAGCACUGCCAGCGGUACAGGGAAGCACAGAAGUUCUUCAGGAAGCAACGCUGACCCCAAAUCACAGAGCCACACCACCUCGGCUGCUCUGGAAAGGGACGCGAAGCAAUGUAUGGACAACCAGCUAUCGGCAGCUUCUCCCGACGCCCGCCUCCAGGUCGCCACAGAAGGUGAUCAAGUUGACCGCCCUCAGAAGAAUUCUGAUCUGAAGAGCAACACUGAAGGCUCUGCAGGGCGUUCAGCAGAGAAAGCCGUACCUAGUGCCGAGCUCCCCAAACUGAAGGAUGUGAGCGAAUCAACUUUGAAGAACGGUACGAUUUCAGGGAGCUUGGAACAAAAAGUUGCUAGGCCUGAUCAGUUGAAGAAGAAGCGGAAGAAGGCAGACUCAUCCAAGGCCGUUCAUCCAAACAAUGCUGACUAUGGUUACAACGUUCCAUUUGACCCUGCAUAUUGUAACCCUUUCAACGGUGCAUAUCCCAUGGGUCCAUUUGGGGUACCUGAUCCAUACAUGUACGGCUCAAUGGGCAUGCCCUAUGGUGGUUUCCCGAUGGGUCCAUUUGGUAUGAAUCCCUUUGGCAAUAUUCCGCCGCAGGCUCUUGCCAUGCAAGGCUAUCCGCCAAACUAUCAAAGCUGGGAAAACCAGGCCGCGCUACACCGUGAUGCCGAAGCUGCUGCACGCUCAAGGCAGGUCUCCCAGGGAAACGCCGGAGCUGCUGCACGUUCAAGGCAGACCGAGAGGCCACAUGACUCUGGUGCUUGUCCCCGGCCAUCAGAGCGCAACCAGCGCAUGGGUUCUCCUCAAGGCAGAGAGCUGAGGGACAGGCCCCAGUCAAGACCCGAACCAUCAGAGCGCAACCAGUGCUUAGGUUCUCCUCACGGCAGAGAGUCCCGGGACAGGUCCCGGUCCAGAUCUAAGCCAUCAGAGCGCAGCCAGCGCUCGGUUUCUCCUCGCCGCAGAGAGUCGAGGGACAGGUCCCGGUCAAGACCGGAGAGGACUAGUAGGGACCAUGGGCGUUCCGACAGAGGUUCCAGUGACCACCACCACGAGGAUCACCAUGACAGGAAGAGAAUGCGCGUCUCUUCCACCGUCGAUGGUGACACAGAGAGCAGCCAGAGGUCCAGGCACAGUUCUAGGAGCAGCCUGAGGCGCGACGACGUGAGCGACGACGAGCAGAAUUUCAAGAGGAAGUGGGGACGAUGA